AUGAGAGGACGAGGACGUGGAUCUUCAUCACGGGGUCGAGGAGACCAUGGCAGGGGUAGUGUCCACACAAAUGAAUCAGAAAAUAUCAAUCAAGAUUUGGUACAGCACACUGCUUUGAUUCCUAGACCAGACCAGGGUGAGAGAUCCACACAGGGUGUUGCAUCAUCCACUCCUGCUUCAGUGCACACAUCUGGUACUGCCUCAGCUCCCAUAGGUUUGCCACCUAUUCCACUGAUGGCUGCAUCUGCAUCUGCAUCUGCUUCUGGUAGUUGCGGACCCACAGGAUACAGACCAUAUAUUUCCUUAGUAAACUCAAUCAUGCAGCCUUCUGAUCCGAUUGCUAGGCGGAUUACAUUGAUAUUCAAGGAAAAGUUAGUAGCAGAUGGCUUUUGUUGGAAAAAUGUACCAGAAGAGGUUAAAGAAUUCUAUUGGCAAGAAUUUAAGAAACACUUCUUAUGGGAGGAGGUAAUAGAGCAGCUUAUGAAGAUAGCUUGGAGGAAGAAAGCUGCCGAGCGGUAUCGUAGCCUUAUGUGUAGCGUAAGGAAUGGGAAGGAGAAGAGGCUAUCACUGACAGAAGGAGUAAUGGAUGCAUGGCAAUCCGCUUGGGGAGCAACUGAGUAUAAAGAGAAAUGCAAAAAAUUCUCUAAUAACAGAAAGAGUGAAACAGGUGGGCAAGGCGCUGGCCCAUCAAAACAUUGUGGAGGAUCCAUAUUUCAGUAUAGACAUCAACAACAGAUGGACCGCUUUCUGACUUUGAAAGAGCAAGCAUCACAGACAGAUAAUGACAGUAGUCAAGCAUCCCGCAUUGAUGAGGCUCAGUUAUACUUUGAGGCAGUAGGUGGAGAGAAAAAAAGAAGGGUGUAUGGUCUUGGAUCACAGGCUUCAGUUUUCUUCCCAAACAAGACUUCUGCUAGUACAUCCUUCACAUCAGCUCAGCAAAAUAAGGAUCUUCAAGAUGAAGUGGCUGAUCUCAGAUGCAAGGUACAGGAGCGUGAGGAUAAUGAACAAGUAUUGCGUGAGCAAAAUGUGCAGAUUACCUCUGAGCUCUCACAGGUGAAGGAUUUACUUAUGCAACUUGUGAGUCAAAGGCAAGGCAUCCAGCCUUCAGCUCCUGGUGAGGGAACUUCUGCACAGCCUCCUGAUCAAGCAGAUGAAGCUAAUGAUGAGGACGAGGACGAGGACGAAAAUACUACACAUUUAUAG